GUCAGGUGGUUUGUGUUUGUGUCAGUUUUCGUUUGAAAUUCUUACAGUUGAUUCCCAUACACAAUCACACGCACACUCGCGCACACACACAGUCAGUGUUAGCGAGCAGAGAAAAGCGCAUCUAAAGCAGCAGACAGAGAAAGGAGAGGACAUAUCUGACCAUUGGCAUGUCUACGAUUGGCUUGGAGACGACGCCGUUGCGGCACUUCAUCACCCGCAGCAGCUACGAGGGAGCCUGGAACAAGGAGGUGAACAUGAUGGAUGGCUUCGGCACCUAUCGCUAUCCGGACGGCAGUGAGUAUCGCGGCCGGUUCCAUCAUGGCAAGUUCCAUGGGUUCGGCCACUUGCGCCUGGCACAGCCCUAUCGCUUCACCAUCAAGGGUGUGUUCAACCACGGCAAGCUGGUGAGCAUCGAGGACAUGUGGUUCCCCGACGGACUCCAUGUGCAAGGCCAGUUCACUGGCAACGACUUCGACGCCUCGGACUGGGACUAUCUGACGCCCCAGGACCGACGCUACCAGGCCGAGCGACGCUACGGUCAGACGCCAGUGGGUCCCACUGCCUAUGUGACGAACAGCCUGAAGUCACGGCAAGUGCCCAAGGACUGCUACGAUGUGGAGGAGGGCAUCUACAAUCCGAAGACGGGCUGGCUGAUGGAUCGCCCGCCGCCCUUCACCAGCAGCAUCUACGUUGGCUGUACCCGCGACAAGGACUGGAUCCUGCGCCACUGCCGCCACGCCCGCACCGAGCAGGUGCGCGAACCCAUACCGUACUUCUGUCGCCGCAUCAUCGCCAACAACCUGGUGACGGAGCUCGCCCAGCUGCCCAAGACGGACAUCUAUGCGCCCAACGCCAGGCUGGAACGCCAGCGCUACUACCACAAGCUGUGCAAGGAAAAGGGUAAGCCCAUGCCGCGCACGGAUCCCUCAGCCAUGGAGCUAACGCUACCUGCCAACUGUAAUCCGAGCGCCAAGGCCAGGGCAACGGAGCAGUGUCUCCGUGCGUACGAGCGCAUUGCGGCGCAGCGUGAACUGGAGGAGUUCAGAGACUUGCAGACCUACCACUUUGACAAGACGGAGAAGGCGCCACGGGGAAUGGGGAAGCCCCGCAAGUGGACCAGCAGCUCGGAUGUGCAGCGCGUGGACUCGAUUGGGGCAUCGAGCUGCCGCUCCGAUAGCUUUGCCUGGGAGCCAAUACCGCUGGACAUCAAGGAGACCUACGCCACGGCCAAUGCCAUGAUGAGCAAGAAGGUGGCCGACAAUUUCAAUGUGGUGCAAUCGAACAUGCUGCGCCGUUCGAGCCUCAUGGAACAGUCGCGCUCUGUCUUUGAGUUGUAAAUCGACAGCCAAAUGCAUUUUAUUUGUAUAUUAAA